ACUUGUUUGAAGGUUAUAUUAAAAAUUACAGCAUUAGACAAAAUAGUAUGUAAAAAGUCUUGUUACAUGACAAUAAAGCAGAAUGUUGGGUAAUAUAAUAAACGGAGGUCAACUAUCCAUCUUUAUUAACAAAAAUGUAUCAAUUAUUGGUUUUGUUACUGAAAAGGCUCCCAAUGGCUUGUGGUUUGAAAUAAGAACAACAGAUAAUCAAAUUGUUCGCGUUACAAUGAAAUUACCCAUUGAUCAACCGCUUGAUGGUUAUGUAGAGGUCCAUGGUGUUUCAACAGGGAAAGGUAUAAUUGCAGACAGUUAUGUAGGGUUUGAUAAUGAUAAAUUUGAUGCUAAGUCCUAUAAUUUACUGUGCACAUUUCUUCACUCUAUUCCACGAUUGUGGGAUACUGAAAAACUUAAGGAGUCUUCUAUGAUUUAGUUUAUAUAUCAUGGGCUUAAUAAUAUAACUAGGUAAUUGAAAAUUCAUUGUUCGAGAUAUUUGUUAUUGCAUUCUUUAUAUACUUGUACCUUUUUGAAGCAACUCAGUAUAGAAGAUUUUUUUAAUUUGCAAAUAGAGGUUAUAGUGCUUUUGUGGAAACAUAAUUUAUAAAAAAAAUUAUCCUUUCUUUUUCUCAGAUAUAUAGUUGUAGAACUAACUUUAAUUGAAGUUUUUUUGAAUAUCUUAUAGAGGGAUGGGGAUAAAAAAAAAAUAAUAUUUUGCGUAGUUUUCAUUUAUUCUCGAAAACAGAAAGUAAUCCAAAUUUUAGAAAUCAACUUUACGGUACUCUAAAACUUCUAAGAAAAGAGACUAAAAUCAUAGUUUUAAUCUCAUUAUUUUUUUACUUGUCAACUUCUUUGAAUGCUGAUUAAGGUAGUCUGACAUAAAACUUAUAAUAAUGUCGUGGCUGGGGGCUUGCUAUGGAAAAGGGAUAUCAGAUCAUUGUACUUUAGUUUGCAGAUGGUUUUGAGAGUCUGGUAUAGAAGCUGCAAUUGUUUGUUAGAUGUUGUAUAGUGUUUGAAUUACAUUUGACAGCUUGAAACUCUUCAUCAUCAAAGUUUUCUUUGAAUGUGAAAUAGUAUGGAAGACUUGCCUAUUUAAAUUAGUUUGUACAAAACAAGGUUUGCAAUGUCUCCUUUUUUUGAAUCCGUAAGCACAAUUGAUUUCCGGUCACUUGUCCAACAAGUUUUUCCCACUCUCUUAAAUUCAGUUCUGAUUGCAGAAUGUAUCAAACUUGGGAUCAAUAUUUUUAAUGUUUAAUAGACCACAGCAUAUAUGCUGCUACAAAUUGAUUUAAAUUCGCAAUCGCAACACAACAAAGAGACUGGAAGUAUUCAAACAAACAAGAAGCUAUCUAGAGUUACCUGCUUUUUGAGUUUAAUUUUUAUGAAGAGUUUGUUGUAUCUAAAGUUACCUAGUUAUAAAUAAAUAUUUCGUUUUCUAA